CCUCGCGAUGCUCGUCGACAAACCAUUGACAUGGCUCAGCGCAUAGUGAGGUCAGGCCAGCCCUUGCGGCUGGCCAAAGAUGCAUUUGCAUCUGCACCAAGAUGCCACUAUGAAUCGCGCCGCCUGUUCUCUGCGUACCAGCGGUUGGGUGUGUCAAAGAACAACCCGCGAACACAGCAACGGCCGAGUAGGCCUUCGUUAAGUACAGCGCAGUCGAUGCAGAUGCAGAAUCUUAGAAAGGAGGAUUUGCCAGACGAACUUGGAAUGAUGAGAAUCACCUACAUUCUCCCCCCAGGUCCAUCGUUGCUCUUGAACCCCAGACUACGUUCUAGCCAGCUCUACGAAUUUGGAAAGCAAUAUGUUCAAGAGAUUCUCCAAACGCUCGUGAGCAAGUAUACGUUCUGGCGCGAAACGCCUAUACGCUCGAGGCCAAAGCAUCUUAAGAAGUCGUGGAUGCUCUUCCGCCCCCCGCGGAUAUCCCUAGAAACCUUCUCCCACAAACGCAUAGUCAAAGACCUCCACAAGCGGUCCUACCAAGCCAUCCAAACCGCGGUCGAAACAGGUAACUUCGCUGGCAUCCGCGAAACUUGCGGCACAUCUCUUCAAGAGCAUUAUGCGCGCAUGGUCCGCAACUACAACUUGAAGAAAGAGGUGCUCAAGUGGGAUGUCAAGUAUAAGCGUGUGCGCAUAUUGUCGCGAAAGUUUGGGCAGACGCCGAUGCAGUUCCAGAAUUUGCCUUUGGGAGUGCAGCAAGUGGUGGCGAGAAUCACGAGCGAGCAGACCCUCACACCUGGCCAGAUUGUGGGCAAAACCAAAGAGGGAGCGCAGGAUGUACAGUGGGGCGAGCCAAGGACAAGGACGUUGACGGAGCAUGUCAUCAUGUCGAGAAAGUACCUUGCUGGCAGGUUCGAACCGUGGAAGAUAUUCGGGUUCCGAUCGCCCAAGGGCACACAAGAAGAGUUGGACCAGUGGCGAGAACAGCAGAUGAGAUUGCCUGGGAUGCCUAGCCAACCGAGAUCGACGCCCGAAGCUGCAACAUAAGAAAAAGGAGAGCAAAAAAGAUAAUUAGCUUGUGAAAGCAGUUCUGUAUCAUAUUGUGUAGCUCAGCUCUAGGAGCAGCAAGCCUGCUAAGACUACAACAAAACAAUCCCUUGCAGCUUCCAUCACAAAGAGUAAUGAGCGACUUGAGUGAGAUAAAAUAGGUAAGCAACCAUCAAACAUGUUCGUAGAUGUAAUGCGCACGAAGUUUGAAGCCUGG